AUGAAAGCUCAGACACCAGACGACUUUGACAUUCUAGCGUACAUCAACCCAUUGAUUGGUUGCAGCAAUGGUGGGAAUGUCUUCUCUGGAGCAUCACUUCUAUAUGGCAUGGCGGAGGCCGUCGCUGACAUCGAUAGCUGCGAGAGGCAAGGAGGGUUUACCAUGGACGGCGCCAAUGUUGCUGGCCUCAGCAUGAUGCAUGACAGCGGAACUGGUGGUAAUCCAAACCUUGGAAACUUUCCAAUCUUCCCGUAUACCUCUUGCCCCAAAAACGAUAUUAAUCGAUAUGUUUUCUCUAAGAGAGACCGCGCGGCCUUUGAGAGCUUCGACAAUGCUACUGUGUUUGCGAAGCCCGGAACGUUUGGCAUCACGCUAGAUAGCGGCAUCGAAACUGAAAUGACCACAACACAUGCUUCUCUCUUCCGCUUUACCUUCCCGAAAAAUUAUGAUGUUUACAGGAACUGGAUGGCCCAGCAAUUGCUAAUUCUGCAGAACACGACAGAGCUCUCCGACUCCAGACAGGGCAAUGCCACCAUAAUCGUCAACCCUGAAACAGGUCGUAUCACCGGCAGUGCUCGCUUUCUUCCUAGCUUUGGUUCGGGAAGUUAUGUGUUGCACUUUCGCACCGACUUCAGGGGUGCUGGCAUCUUUGACAGCGGCAUCUUCGUCGAUAGCCGCGCCAAUACAGUUGUCAAACUCUAA